CAAAAUCCACGAAGCUGCGUCACUCGAAGUCAAUUGACCUUCCACACUCUCCUUCUCCUACAUCCUGGCUUACCAUUCUCCGGCCGUGUUCGACCUCUUGACCCUCAAAUGGUUGAGGAUGACUUCCUUCAAAUGCCUGGUAGCUUCGACGGCGGCGUGAACGGCUAUGCGCUGAAUGUGGAGCACAAGCUGCAAUGGUCACUCGCUGACCUCGAGCGCACUGGCGGCCUCACGGGGAGGAUAGCGAGGCUCGUGCUGUCUGCUGGUGACUGGAUCGACAGAGAGCUUGAAGAAAGACGGCAAGCAAUCGGAGGAAUAGACAACCUGUGGUUCCUCUUGACCGACGCUGCCGACUUCAAUCCUGUAUGCGCAUCGACAUACACUCUCAAGGGUAAACUUACGUUAGACCAAUUGUAUGCGGCAGCCCGACGCCAGUCAGAGAAGUUUCCAAAGUACAAGCAACGAGUGACCUCUGUGUGCAGGAGGUUCCAUGGCGCGCGAUUUGAAGACGACCCCGAUUUCGACCUCAAGAACCAUAUCCAUGCCGUUACCCUCCCCGAACCCGCCGGGAAACACGAGUUGAAUGAGUUGAUGGGCAGAUUCAUUGCUCAAGACUGGGACUUGAAGCAUUCGUUAUGGGAAAUGGUUCUGGUUGAGAACUACAAGGACGAGCACGGCGCCGAGAGUGCGCUCAUCACGAGGGGGCACCACGCACUAGCAGACGGGCAGGGGUUUGUCAUCAGCCAGCUCUACAUCACGUCGUACCACGACGAACUGGUACACCAGAUGCACUCGACCGCAGACUACCUCCACGCAGCUAAGCGAGGCAAGGUGCUCCCUUCCAAGCUCCACCAUGCUCUGGGACCUCUCGACUCGCUUACGACCAACCCAUACACCGCCCCGCUAGUCGAGAUCUUGCUGGCGUGCGCGUUCUGGUCUGCAUACGCCCUCUCGACGUUCGUCGGCCUCUUCUGGAGCGUCUACCAGGCCGUCCACCAGACCGCGCUCUUCCUCCUCACCUGCUGGCGUGUCGACAUGCUCACAGGGCCGCAGCCCGGGCCACGGGUGAAGGAGCGCGAGUUCGCGAGCUCGCGCGUGUUCAGUAUCAAGGACAUCAAGCUGUGCCAGCAGGCGUUCUCGGGUGCGAAGCCCGGGAGCGCGGUCGCGGGCGUCCCAAAGGAGCAGCGGGAGAAGGUGCGCGCGAAGGUGGGACACGUCACGUUAAACGACGUCGUGUGCGCGGUCAUGGCGGAUGUCCUCGGGAAGGAGAUCGCCGCCAAGCCUGUUGACCAGUUGAAUGGUCCUUGGGAACGCACUAAACGGAAGCUCAAGACGGUGCUUCCCUCGCCUAUCGGGUUCUUCAUUCCUCUGAGUUUACGUGCGCCUGGCGACUGGUCCCUGAGGAACUUGUCGACGGGGUCUAUCGUCUACCUAAAUCCAUCUUCGAACGUUUCGAAGAAUGUAACUGUUCACGAGCUCCACGCGCACAUCCACCAGUGUCGUCGAGAGCUGUCAAUUCUGAAGCACAGCCUCCUCCCGAAAUUAGGUUUCCGCAUCCUGCAACUGACGGGCCAAGUGCCAGCGCUUUUGGACAUAUCUCUGCUGGCAAACCCGGUGAAACAGCUCAAAGACCUGUUCAACGAAUGGCUCAUGAGGCCGAUAUACGAUAUGACACUGCAGUCAUUCCCCGUUGUUCUUACCAAUGUUCCUGGCCCAGCCAAAAGCACGAUCACAUUGGGAGACACGGAAGUCAUUAAUUGGACAGCUCUCCCUCCCCAAGGAGGCAAAGGCACAAUCGGCAUGGGAAUUAUAUCUUAUGCCGGCGGACUCUCCAUUGCUGUGGCUGCUGACAAGGUGCCAUUGAGCAUCGGUGUUGCCGAGCGCAUUUGCGCACGCUUUGAGAAGCGCUUUGAGCUCUACGUACAAAAGGCGCAGGAAGUCUUGGACCAUCUAGAUUGAAAUCGAUUGUUUAAUGCGCAGACAAUACACGUACAGUCGAACUCUCCGAUACGUGUAAAUGGAACCUGCUAUACGAUGCCUCUCAAUAAACCUUGGUACACGUCAUCCCGGCGCUAUCAUAUGCUUCUUACGGCUCGUCAACCGUAACUUUAUUCGAAAUUGUAC